AUGGAGAGACUGAGUGAAUUACAGAACCCACUGCUGCCAAGGAGCCCCGCCCACCUCCACAGUCCCUACCCCUACACGGAGGCCCCAUCUAGCUGGUCCUGCCAAGAAAAGCUUUAUUCCUACCUCCUAAGAGGUGCUGGUCCUGCUCGCACCCACCAGCUCUUAGACCCAGGGUCCCUGCAGCUGGCCGUGGAGGCUUGGUAUCGACCUCGAUGCCUCCUGGGGAAGGACAAGGUCAAAGAGCCCAAAGCAGGCAGCUGUGAGACCAGCUUCACCGAGGCCAGGGAGCCCCCACUGGGGCCCACAGAACAGGGCUCAGAACCUGGCCAAACGGAAGAGGAUGUCACCAUCCACACUGUGUCCUAUGGGGUCCAAGAGGAGCUGCAGGGCCAGCAGGAUAGCCAGGAGGAAGAGAGUGACGCCACCUCAACAGAGAGCGAAAGCGAAGACACCUUUGUCACCCUGCCUCCCAGGGACCACUUGGGGCUCACCCUCUUCUCCAUGCUCUGCUGUUUCUGGCCCCUGGGCAUUGCUGCCUUCUACUUCUCCCAGGGGACCAGCAAGGCCAUCUCCAAAGGAGACUUCCGCCUGGCCAGCACCACCUCCCGCAGGGCACUCUUCCUGGCCACGCUCGCCAUCGCUGUGGGGGCAGGUCUCUAUGUGGCUGUGGUGGUGGCUCUGGCUGCUUACAUGUCCCAGAAUGGCCAUGGCUAG